UGAAAUUGUCCCUUAAUUAUUCCCAUGUGCUAGAGAUCUAAAUGUAUUUCAAAGAGUGAAGAGAGGUCAAGGACGUGUCAAUCAAUUAGGAGGAGUUUUCAUUAACGGAAGACCUCUACCCAACCACAUAAGACUGAAAAUCGUGGAAAUGGCAGCCGCUGGAGUGAGACCUUGUGUUAUUUCCAGGCAGUUGAGAGUUUCUCAUGGUUGUGUCAGCAAAAUUUUGAAUAGAUAUCAGGAAACCGGCUCGAUCCGCCCAGGUGUAAUUGGAGGAAGCAAACCCAGAGUAGCCACUCCUGAAGUCGAAACCAGAAUCGAGCAGUACAAAAGAGAAAACCCUUCAAUUUUUAGUUGGGAAAUUAGAGAUCGUUUGGUCAAAGAAGGAAUAUGCGACAGAAGCUCAGCGCCGAGCGUUUCAGCUAUUUCUAGACUAUUGAGAGGCAAAGGUGGAGACUGUGAUGAUAAAUCGACUGACAAUGAAGGCGCUUCAGAUUGCGAAAGCGAGCCUGGAAUUCCCCUGAAAAGAAAACAGCGCCGCUCCAGGACUACUUUUACAGCCCACCAACUGGAUGAGCUGGAAAAGGCCUUCGAACGCACCCAAUACCCCGACAUUUAUACGCGCGAAGAGCUCGCUCAAAGGACCAAAUUGACCGAAGCCAGAAUACAAGUUUGGUUCAGCAAUCGUCGUGCCCGGCUCAGGAAACAAAUGUCGAGCACCAGUUCCUCGUAUAGUCCCUUAGGGGUGGGUUAUUCCGCGCCCUCAACCCCUUAUGGACAGGGUAUGACGUCAUCGGAGGGUGGUUACAACGGCGCUUCGACCAAUCAAAUGUCUGACAUUUACACUCCAUCGAACGCUCAUAGCACCUCUCCCAACCUCCCAAUCUCCGACAUCAAAUGGGAGCAUCCUCUCUCUCACAACCCUUUCCCACCUCAUCCCAUGUACCCAUCCAACCCUACCAACUUGAUGCCAAUAACAUCCAUCAACCAAACCAUGACCCCGCCGACGUCUAUGGCUAACGCGACGUCUUCGUCUCCCAACAUGGCUGGCAGGGACAAUAUGACUUCUAAUGUCAAUAUAACGACUCUAGGACAAAGUAAUAAUAUGUCCAACAGUGAAACGACGACUUUGCAAACUUUAGGAGGAAACGGGAAUUAUAAAGAUGGAAACGACAAUAACAUUCAUCAUACUGUGAGUCCUAGUGCUGGACAUGGAUAUGCUAAUAUGCCUCCCACUCCUACUAGUUUAGUGACUAUGUUGGGACCCAAUAGUGGUAAUAGUUCCAAUAGUACCGAAACUCCAACCCAACAAGAGCAUCAGCCAACCAACAUGCAACAUCAGCUGUCGAGUUGGCAAAUGUCGCCCAAUCAUCAGUUGAGAAAUCUGAGCCCCGUGAACAAUCAUCAAGCCUUGUCCAGUGGUUUAGGGCAAGUUUUGGGUCAAUCGCUGGGCGGAUUUGGACAAAAUAUGCAUCCUGGUUAUCCAAAUCAUGCCCAUAAGGGGUACCAACCGUUCUAUGGAUGGUACUAGUUGUAAAUAAAUGUUUAAGUUAUAGAUAUUAAGAAUGACCAGUGACUAAAUAGUAAUUUUAGGAAUUAAUAAGUGUUUUAUACUUUGUAUUUUCUACUUUGUAUUUUCUAAGCAAUUUAGUUUCUGACUAUGAAGUUUAAUUUUUUUUUCUUUUUAAACCUUUAAGUUAAUUAAAAAAAAAAACACCCAAAACAUUUUGGAGGAAGCAGUGAUUCAAAUAAUGUUUUCCACUAAAAUUUGGAAAUCUUUGUUUUUUUUUCCAAGCUACCAACUCUGCUGCUUAUAAUUAUAUGUAUAUGUAGAUCUACC